CCUCCUGAGCGCCGCCCCGCCUGUGCCCCCGCGCUGCCCGCCGGGCGCCGCGACCACCCGCCGCUAUGGCCCGGGUCACGCUGCGCGGGGUGGCCGUGGACUUCCCCUUCCAGCCGUACCCGUGCCAGGAGGAGUACAUGCGCCGGGUGCUGCAGUGCCUGCAGGAGCAGGUGAACGGCAUCCUGGAGAGCCCCACGGGCACCGGCAAGACCCUGAGCCUGCUGUGCGCCACGCUGGCCUGGCGCGAGCACCUGCGCGAUGCCCUGUCCGCCCGCGAGAUCGCCCAGAGGAUGGGCGGCGACGCUGACCUGUCCGGGGCCCCGGCGCCCUGGGGGGCCGCGGCCACAGGCGAUGGCCCGGCUUGCUAUGCGGACAUCCCGAAGGUCAUCUACGCCUCCAGGACACACUCACAGCUCAGCCAGGUCAUCGGGGAGCUGCGCAGCACCCGCUACCGGCCUCGGGUGUGUGUGCUGGGCUCGCGGGAACAGCUGUGUGUCCAUCCUGACGUGCGAAAGCAGGAGAGCACCCACGUGCAGAUCCACUUGUGCCGCAAGAAGGUGACCACGCGGUCCUGUCAUUUCUACAACAACGUGGAGGAGAAGAGCUUGGAAAAGGAUCUGGCCACCCCCAUCUUGGACAUCGAGGACCUGGUCAGGGCAGGGAACAAGCAUAAGCUGUGCCCCUACUACCUGGCCCGGAACCUGCGGCAGCAGGCGGACAUCAUCUUUAUGCCGUACAACUACCUGCUGGACCCCAAGAGUCGCCGGGCGCACGGCAUCGACCUGAAGGGUACCGUCAUCAUCUUUGACGAGGCUCAUAACGUGGAGCGGAUGUGUGAGGAGUCGGCAUCCUUUGACCUCACCCCCCACGACAUUGCCUCCGGGCUGGAAACCAUCAGCCACGUGCUGGAGGAGCAGGCCCGGGCCGCCCAGCAGGGGGAGAUGGGCCCGGCCUUCAGUGUGGACGCCCCCGGUGCAGGGCUGAGCCUGGAGCUGGAGGACGUGGCCAAGCUGAAGAUGGUCCUGCUCCGCCUGGAGGCCGCCAUCGACGCUGUCCAGCUGCCGGGAGAUGGAGGGGGCGUCACCAAGCCUGGGAGCUAUAUCUUCCAGCUCUUUGCUGAAGCCCAGAUAACGGCUCAGACCAAGGCCUGCAUCCUGGACUCCCUGGAGCAGAUCGUCCAGCACCUGGCCGGCCGAGCAGGCCCGUUCACGCACACGGCAGGGCUGCAGAAGCUGGUGGACAUCAUCCAGAUGGUCUUCACCUCAGACGUAGCACAGGAUGGACCUGGCUCCAGGGGGGACUUAGGAGUCUCUCAGUUCUACAAGGUACACAUCCACCCAGACACGAGCCAGCGGAGGACAGCUCAGCGGUCAGAUGCCUGGAGCAGCCCCGUGGCCAGGAAGUCAGGGAAGGUGCUGAGUUACUGGUGCUUCAGCCCUGGGCACAGCUUGCGGGAACUGGUCGUGCGGGGUGCCCGCAGCAUCAUCCUCACCAGCGGCACCCUGGCCCCCGUGGCCUCCUUCGCCCAGGAGAUGCAGAUCCCCUUCCCCGUGUGCCUGGAGAACCCUCACGUCAUUGGCCAGCACCAGGUCUGGGUGGGCAUCGUCCCCAAGGGCCCAGACGGGACCCAGCUGAGCUCGGCGUUUGACAAGCGGUUCUCGGAGGAGUGCCUGUCCUCCCUGGGCAUGGCGCUAGGCAACAUCGCUCGCGUGGUCCCCCACGGGCUCCUGGUCUUCUUCCCUUCCUACCCGGUCCUGGAGAAGAGCCUGGACUUCUGGCAGGCCCGCGGCUUGGCCAAGAAGCUGGAGACCCUGAAGCCCGUGUUUGUGGAGCCUAGGGGCAAAGGCAACUUCUCCCAGGUGAUGGACAGCUACUACGCGCAAGUCGCUGCCCCUGGCUCCAGCGGGGCCGCCUUCCUGGCCGUGUGCCGGGGGAAGGCCAGCGAGGGGCUGGACUUCGCCGACAGUAACGGCCGGGGUGUGGUCAUCACUGGGCUCCCUUACCCACCGCGCAAGGACCCCCGGGUGGUCCUCAAGAUGCAGUUCCUGGAUGAGAUGAGGGGACAGAGUGGGGCCGGCCAGUUCCUUUCCGGGCACGAGUGGUACCGGCUGCAGGCGUCCCGGGCCGUGAACCAGGCCAUCGGGCGGGUGAUCCGCCACCGCCACGACUACGGGGCCGUGUUCCUCUGCGACCACAGGUUCGCCCACCCCGACGCCAGAGCCCAGCUGCCCUCCUGGGUGCGCCCCCACGUCAGGGUGUACACGAACUUCGGCCACGUGGUCCGCGACGUGGCUCAGUUCUUCCGUGUCGCUCAGAAAACGAUGCCUGUGCCCGUGCCCCGGACUGUGACCCCGGGCCUCGCUGCCGGAGAGGGUGUCGUGCCUCCUGCGCCAGCCAGCCCUCUGCCCACAAGGAAGGCCCGGAGCCUGGACCUGCACGUGCCCAGCCUGCAGCGUGGAGAUGCUGGGUCCCCGAGUUCCAGGGACGGGGUGGGCGGCCUGUGUGUGGAGUACGUGCAGGAGACGGGCCGAGGUCCGAAGAGGCCCGGGGGGCUGCUGGCCGCCCUGGAGCAGAGCGAGCAGCAGGCUGGGGAGGAGACGCCCCGCGGAGAGGAGGAGCGUGAGAAGAGACCAGCGGAUCCCGCGGCCAGGCGGAGAGGCGGGAAGAAGAGGAUCAGGCUGGUCAGCCGCCCGGAGGGCCCGGCGGACACGGCGCAGACGGAGAAGGCCCGGCAGUUCAUGGUGGCCGUGAAGCAGGCGCUGAGCCCGGCCGCCUUCCAGGGCUUCACGCGCGCCCUGCGGGACUACAAGGCGGCCGACGACUUCCAGGCCCUGGGCGCCCGCCUCCGCCCCCUCUUCGGCGAGGACCCCCGCAAGCACGGCCUGUUGCAAGGCUUCCGCCAGUUCGUGCGCCCCCACCACAAGCAGCGCCUGGAGGAGCUGUGCCUGCAGCUGACCGGCCGGGGCUGCCUGCCCGGGCGCGGCGCCAGCGGAAAGGCGGCGCCGCAGCCCACGCUGACGGCGUCCCAGGGCACGGCCGGGCAGCUGGACCUCGGAGAGCACCUGAACCGGGGUGGGCCGCACCUGGCCCCCGGGGCCACUGCAGAAGCCCCCCGGCCGGGGCCUUCGAGGGAGACCGCCGAGGGCCAGUACCUGGAGCGGGCGCGCACGGCCCUGGGGCCCGGGGGCUGUGACCAGCUGCAGGCCGCCCUGGCCGCCUACCGGCGGGACGGCGACCUGGGGACGGCGCUGGCCGUGGUGGCCGCCCUCACCACAGAGAGGCCCGAGGACUUCCCGCUGCUGCAGGGCUUCGGCGCCUUCCUGCAGCCGCAGCACCGGCUGCAGUUCCUGCAGACCUGCUCCGACCUGACGGGCCUGCCCGCCGGCCCCGGCCCCGAAGACCCGGGGAGCCCCGCCCGCGCCCCCGAGACCCCCAGGCCUGGCGGGGAGCUGGACGUUCUCUUCCGGGGCCCCCGCUGCGCGGUGCCGCCCCUGCUGCAGACCCCCGGCGAGGCGGUCUGGCCCCAGCCCUGUUAG